UCUCCCGGUGCCUGCGCGGGGCGGUGGGCAGCAAGCUGCCGGGGGGCGCCCGGUGAGGGGAUAAAAAUGGCCUCUCGGCGGAUCACACGGGAGACGUUUGAUGCUGUAGUGCAGGACAAAGUUAAAAGGUAUCGCAUGGACCGGAGUGAUGCUAUAGAGGACACCAUCCAUCAUUUUAAAGCUCAUUCAAGACCAGUCCCAAGACCAAGAUAUGAAGACAGUUUCCAUGAUGAUGGAAGAUACGCUCAUGAUAACGCCCAGCACCACCCACAUGAUGACUGGACUGAAGACCCUAGAGACGACUAUCCAGGACCUUCUUAUAGAUCUGCUAGUCCUCUGAUAAGGAAAGAUAACUAUUACCAUGAACAGUACGGCCGCCCGGCAUCUCGUGACCGGGAAUUUGGCCGCCCGGCAUCUCGUGACCGGGAGUAUGGGCGUCCAGCUUCGCAUGACCGGGAGUAUGGGCGUCCAGCUUCGCAUGACCGGGAGUAUGGGCGUCCAGCAUCUCGCGAUCGGGAGUAUGGGCGUCCAGCUUCCCAUGACCGGGAAUAUGGACGCCCAACUUCCCAUGACCGGGAGUAUGGGGGCCUGGCUUCUCAUGAUCAGGACUAUGGCCCUCCUGACUCUUGGGAAUCCACCGGACCACAUGAAACUGAUUUUAGUUCUUCAGAUAUUUUAGGUGAUUUUAGAUCACCAGGACUCAUGGAAGAUGAAUAUGGCAACAUGGAGAAUCAGGAGUAUGAUGUAGACUUUGGAAUUCAAUCUGACAGUGAGUUCCGACCCCCAGUACGGAGGGGCAACAUUGGCAGGGGAAGAGUUCUGCGAGGAAAGCGUAUUACAAGGGGUGCUGUUAAAACUAAAGUAUUCAAAGGAGAUAUCAAAACUCCCCUAAAGAAAUGGAACACUAAAAAACUGCCACCAGGCCCUGAUCAGAAGCCAGCUAUGCAACCUGAUCAAAUGCCAGAAACUGCUGAACGACCUAACCAGAGGCCAGUGACCAUCCAGCGGCCUAAUCAAAAGUUGCCUCCACGACCUAAUCAGAGGCCAACUGUAACAACCCAGAGACCUAUUCUCAGGCUCCCAAAGCCUGCGCAUGUUUUCAGAAAUCUCAAUUUUGACCUUGUGGACAAAUCAGACAUUUUUUCAACGUUUGGAAUAGAAAUUAUAAAAUGGGCUGGGUUUCAUGCAAUAAAAAAUGAUGCAGAAUUUUCCCGGCUCUUUGGAGCUCUCUUUGAGCUAGAGACAGAAACCUGUGCAAAAAUGCUUGCCUCAUUCAAAUGCUCCUUAAAGCCAGAACACAGAGAUUAUUGUUUCUUUACUAUCAAGAGUUUACAACAUGCUGCUCUGAAAACUCCCAAAGUGGACAAUGAGUUUUUAAAUAUGCUAUUGGACAAGGGUGCUGUGAAAACAAAGAACUGCUUCUUUGAAAUUAUAAAACCUUUUGAUAAAUACAUAAUGAGGCUACAAGACCGCCUCCUUAAAGGUGUUACACCGCUGCUUAUGGCCUGCAAUGCUUACGAAUUAAGCAUUAAGACGAGUGGUUUUGGUAAUCCAAGAGAAAUGGCAAGUGCUUUUGAGACCACUGUUUCUCUUUGUCGUAAGUCUUUAGCACUUCUGGGUCAGACCUUCGCACUAGCAUCUGUUUUCAGGCAAGAGAAAAUACUUGAAGCUGUAGGGCUCCAGGAAAUGGCUCCAGCACCAACACUAUUCCCAAACUUUGAUGAUUCAACGUUGUUUGGAAGAGAGUACAUUGAAAACUUGAAGGCUUGGUUGGAGAAAAGUGGAUAUCCAAUUCAGAUGAAAAAAACUGAACCAGAAUCCACUAUACAGCUUAAAAAACCCUCUCCUGACACAAAAGUUAAAACCCCACAGCGAGCUGAUCGGAAAGUUGUAGAUACAAUUGAGCAGCUAGUGAAUAGCAUUGUUUCAGGAACCUUGUCUGCCAAAGAGAGAAACGCUCAAAAGAACUGUCCUGAAUAUUGGUUCUUGUCUGAUGAAGAUAGUCUAGAAUACAAGUAUUACAGACUGAAGUUAUCAGAGAUGCAAAGGCGGACAUCAUCUGGAAAGGAAGCGGGUGGUGAGGGCAGAACACUAGAAGAAUCUGCAACAGAAUCAGUCAGGGCCAUGUUGUAUGCCAGGAAAGUCGCAAGUAUUAAGAGAAGGCUAUUUAAAAGAAAAAGGCUUGGAAUUAUCGCACAACAUGGUAUUCGAGGAAGGAAGGUGAGGAGAGCAACCAUAGGGACACAGACGGUGCUUUCAGCUGGUACAGUGCUGAAGCACCAAGACAAGCAUCUUCAAGGUUCAGUCCAGUCAAAGCCUUCUGUAUCAGAAACCAGCCUGUCUGAGAAGAAUGCUUCCCUUGAUACAACCUCAUCCUCACAAUGUGCCACAAGUUCAGAGGUCUCUCUGCCAGCAGAAGAAAGGGCAGAUUCUGAGGAUUUAUUAGCACCACCUGAACUUUUCCCACCAUUGUCCUCUCAGUUCCCUGAUGUGGAUGCUAAAACAAUGGAAACUGCUGAGAAGCUUGCCAAGUUUGUUGCUCAGGUAGGACCAGAAAUUGAGCAGUUCAGCAUAGACAACAGUGCAGAUAACCCAGACCUUUGGUUUCUACAGGAUCGAAACAGUUCGGCUUUCAAAUUUUACCGAAUGAAAGUUUAUGAAUUAUGUCCAUCUAUUAACUUCAAUGCUGUGUCAGAAGCAACUGAUGCUGGGGAAAGUGCUAAACCUGAAGACAGAAAUUUGGAUAUUUCAGAAGAGGAAGAGGAUGAAGAAGAAGAAGAGGAAGAAAAUGAAGAGGAAGCUGAGUUUGAGGAGGAUAUCUCCCAGCCUUUGGAAGAAAUGGAAAUGGAGCAAGCAGAGGAGGGAGAAGAGGAUGACAUGUCAGCAGGUAGAAGUGUGGAAAACCUAGUUGAAGAGAUGAUUUCCAAAACGGGAGAGGAAAUUUCAACAGGUGAAAUACAGCUAGCCACCUCAUCUGAUGGUGCUAUACCAAAUCUGUCGACACAGGCAUCAACUCCUGCUCCUGGUACCCUAUUUCCUCGCAAACGAAUCAGCAGCAAGUCUCUGAAAGUUGGUAUGAUUCCGGCAUCUAAAAGGAUUUGCCUCAUAGAAGAACCAAAAGUGCAUGAACCUGUAAGAAUUGCUUAUGAUAGGCCUCGUGGUUGCCCAGUUACAAAGAAGAAGAAGAAACCAAAAGAUUUAGAAUUUUCACACAAGAAACUGACAAACAGGAAUGUGGGCUUCCAGAUGCUUCAGAAGAUGGGCUGGCAAGAAGGACAUGGCCUUGGUACACGAGGAAAAGGAAUCCGAGAGCCUGUAAAAGUGGGUGCUACCUCUGCAGGGGAGGGCUUGGGUGUUGCAGGGGAAGAAAAUAAAGAAGAUGCAUUUGAUGUUUUCCGUCAAAGAAUGAUACAAAUGUACAGGCAGAAAAGAGCAAGUAAAUAGGUAUGUGCAAUGGACACGUCUGGUUUAUGAAUUCCUGCAAACAUUAAAAUACUAGGGCUUUUAAAAUCUUCCUUUAUGAAGAAAACGUUGCUGUUUCCAUGAGUAUAUCUGGCUUCUUAACAUUUUAUGAGAAUCCAGACCUACGUUGAAUUGCUUUGAACUGCUGAAUUACCCCAAAUCUUACUUUCUAGGUUUGACAUAAGAGACUCGCUCGCUAGAAAGUGCACGGAUAUGCAAAGGCUGCUGUGUGAAAGAUCUUCAGCAGAGUAUGCCAGUAUGAAGAACACUUUGUUCAUUAGUAGUGGACUUGAAUACUAGUGUAUUAAAACAUUUUCCAAGAUUAAAGUUAGUCUUGUAUUUAAUUGUGCAAGCUAACAACUUGGAUGUCAUCUUCUGAGGAAGAAACAACUGAUUUUGUUCUCGGAAGUGCCUGUUUACCUCUCUCUUUGGCCAAGUUUGCCUGUUUUGUGAUGAGAUGGCUUACCAAAAAACGGCAUAAGCAACAUGAAAAAUCUGACUAACCUGGUUUGGCUCUGAUCCUUUCUGAAGCCAAGAACCUUCUCAAAUUCAGAUCUUGCAAGGCAGUUCAGAUUUUAUUAUACUACAUUUUGUUCAUGGGCUGAUCUUCUGAUCUACUUCUGGAGUCUGCAUAAAGCAGUUUCCUCCAUACGCCAAUUUUAAGAAGAGUCUACCUGCGUGCUUAUUUUGUAUAGGCUUCUAGACUUUCAGUGUAGGAUGAAUAACUGAGUUCAUCUGAGUCUGAGAACACUAAACUCUUGCUUGAAAACCUCAGCUGCUAAGGUUUUUCUUUGUAAUGAACAAGUAGUACAUAUUUCAAGUGUACUUUUUGUUUUUACACAAAUUUGCAGCUCUUCUCCAACAAAUUCUUGAAUAAUUUCUUUCCUUCUCAAAGAAGUUUAAGCCAUGAGCAGGUGUGAUUCAUGUGUUUGCAGAAAAUACUGAAGAAAAUACUUGGAAGUCAGAUAUUUGGAAGUCACCUGGAAGUGGAUCAUCAGUUUUACAAGACCAUCAGUUUAGAAUCAUUUCUGUUUCUAUUAAGUAUUUGCUUUGCAGAAGUUCUUUUCUUGAAAAAUCUCAAGAAAUAAGACAAAAAGCUUGUACUUUUAAGGGACUAUUCCAGAACUUACUGAAAGAGAAGACUGGAUUAAUCUACUGUGCUUCAACAAAAAGCAUUACCUAACUGCUUGAAGCAGCUCUGAAGACAUGAAAGAUUUAGCAGUGUUACCACAAAUAAACAUUCAAGGUCUGAUCAUUCAUCUUUUUCCGACUUGCACAUCACUAAGGGAUCUGUGACUGGAUUACUGAAAAUGAUAGAAUUUAAUAUUGCACUUUUUAGUGUACUCAUUCUUCAUCAUUACCUUUCUAAAACUAGUCAAAAGUCUUCACUUGACUGUUAUAGUACCAAAACCUACUUUGCUGAAGUUCUCUUGAAAGAGUUGAUCUUGAGCUGACGCAUGUUUUGCUUACUAGCAGUGAGUGCUGUCUUGCUGAUGUUUCCAUCCUGCACCAUGCUUCUUGUAGAGCAAAAAGCUUGUGGUACACCACUAAUAGCACCCCACAGUAAUGUGGCAUCAUCUCAAGUUCCUAACUGACAAAUAUGCAAGAAAAUGUGUUCUUCAGUUAUCAACUUGCCUGUGCCUGCUGUUUAAAGAACAAAAUUAUAUUCUUUCUCCAUUACAAACCCUGCUGGUUGAAAGGGAGUGUCUUCAUUUUCAUUCUAUAGCAACAAACUUUUCCUUGCUUAUAACAACCAGUUUUAGUUUAUGAAUGCAAGUUGUGGGGUUUUUUUCUUACUGUGUGGGUCUUUGAAACCAUAAGAAACAAAAUCAUGUUGCAGUGUAAUUUUCUGAUAGCUCAGUUUUAGUUGCCUUGAAGCAUAUAAUCACUAAAUAAAACCAUGAUGGCAGGUAUAGAAAAGUAUGCUGGGAGUUCUGUUUUUCCAUGAACAUCACAUGUGUCUUCACCUUUACAUUACAAGAAGUUGAAGCAUGAAGGCUAUAACUACAAAUAAGUUUAUCUGGUUAUCACACUUGAUUAAAGACAUUUGAUAGCCCAGAUGUUUCUCAUAGGCUUUACUUGGAGGUGUUUAAAAUCCUUAAACAUUUUGGACCAGAGGCUACUUGAAAGAUCAUUGAUUACAGUAUUUGGCAGUGUAUGCUCACCUCUAAGUUCCUAUUUGGGUAUGUUCUUCACUGCCUCUCUUUCUUUCCUGUGCAUAAUUAGCAGUUACACAGUGUAAAACUUGAGCCUUUCAAAAAGGAGAUCUAUCAGUCACAGUCUGUUUUAGAAUGACACUCUGGAACCAAUAUUGUUGGCCUCUGGUUUAUGUCUCAGACCCAUUCAAAAGGGUUUAGCUUUUCUUUUAGUUUCAUUGAUGAAGCUGCCAGUGUUGCUGCUCACAAUUUUUAUUUCCCUGCAAACUUCACCUCUUCUUUCACAUUUACAUUUUGGAAGGAUUCUUGAUUAUAUGUUACACUAUUUGCGGAAAGGCACAAGGCAAAGUGGAGUUUCAUGCUAGAUUGAAAUCCACUCUCUCACACUCAGAUCAGCAUUCUGCGCUGCUCUGAUUUAACCCGAGUUUGUUGGGCAUAGUACCAUUUGGGGUGCAUUUGCUAAACACCUACUUAUCCAAUCUGGGAGAAUUGUUGGUAUCCAGAUUGGAAAAUGGUACCAUCCUUUCUGAGUGCAAUUCAAUUUAGAGUAUAAUGCUGUCUUGAGAAUAAAGGUGAACACUGGGAAAAAUCUUAAUCUGCUACCCUGGAUGACUGUAGUAUGGUCUGUCUUUCUUGUGCCAAACUUUAAUUUUGGACAAGAUAUCACCAGAGCAGUACUGGUGCUGAGAUUCCAGUGUUGCUCUCAAGUGGGUUACUGUCUGCCACUUUAUCUUGUUUUACCAAGAGAUGACCUUACGCUCCUUUUGCAAAAGGAAUUCCCUUUUAGUUUUGACCUGCUUUUGCAGGCAGCUCUGAUUUGAAAAUUUUAAAUACUUGUACAUGUGAAACAUUUGUUAUGCAGAUACAUUGCCUUGUUUAAGUUUACUAGCUUCUUUUCUGUUAUUUUAGUUCCAGGCUCUCUUCCAUGAAGACUGCAAGCUUCAGUGAACAUUUUAACUAACUUCAGUGGUGUGUCUACUGUCUUUUGGUUGUUUUUUUGCCAUUAAUCUUGUAGAGCAGCUUGCUAGUUUCUGUUCCGUGCAAAUUGGCAGUAGUGCUAAGCUAGUAACAAUUAGAUGCUUAUGUUAUUGGGUAACUGACAUUUCUUUUCAGUGUAAGUAAACAUGUUAGCAUUGUUAAUCUUUUAAUAUCUGCAAUAAAUGUAGAACUAAACAAUUUCUGGUUUAAAUGUUUUGCUUGUGAAUUUGGCCAUUUGUAAGAGAUAUGCAUCAUUUUGGCACUAAAAAGUGGAAUUGAGAUUAUGCAGUGUUAUAUUAGUGUAAAGCAGGAUUUUAUAGUGUAUGAGGGAAGGAAGGUCCCUCUGUUUUCUGUGCUGCUAAAUGUCUCUGUUGAGAAUACCCACUAAAUCAUUUCUUAGUUACUUUUUCAUGUGGCUUCUAGCACAUUAAAUCCAUACACAACAGUGUUACUUUCCACACGAAUGCCAAAACCAUUGUGCCCCAGUCAGAAUGCAAGAGUUUUACCCUUUCACGUAUCCCAGGAAUUAGUUGUCUCUCUGAUUUUCUUGGUGUACUGACUUUAAAACAGCAAAACUUUCUCUUUACGUAUGUGUGUGGUUUACUGUUGCCUUUAAAUUAAAAUUCCUUUUUUAGACAGGAUAUGAGGGGGAAAAUUGCAACGAACUGAAAUUUAACACUUGUGCAGCCGCCUUCUAUGGAGAGGUAAAGUGAGAGUAUUCAUUUGUGAAAGAUACCAGCCAGGUCUCCUGUCCCUUGCUUUUAUACUGACAGCUAGGAAAAGCUUUACAGAGGCAAGUUCAAGCCCUGGCUACACCUUUUUCCUCCUUUUCCUUCAAAAAUUUAUUAUGUGUAAGGACCUGGUUCUAGAAGAAAGGACAUUUGCUCUCGUUGAAGAGAAAUGAGGAGAUCCCCAUUUUGGGGGAGGUGCCCUAACAGUAAGAGAACUACAGUCAAUAAUACACUGUUUGGAGUAAUUGUGUUGGACUAAUA